AUGCUUCAUCAAGAUGCUGCUCAUCACUUUCGCCUUCUCACCUCAUGUCUCGACACUAUACUUCAUGUUGAACAUAAAACCAUCUUGGAGGAGAUGCGUUCAGAUUAUCACCUCUCCAAUUCACCACAAACUCUUGUAACCAAUCAACACACUUCAGACUAUGCCAAUAAUGGGAACGUGAAUGUCUAUCAGGAGGACAUGCAGCAGCUUCAAUCACAAAACUCCAUGCUUUCUGAUUAUGCUCUCAACCUUGGGACUCUUUUGCGUUCUCUCGACCCUACUCCCAACAAUGAUUAUCACAGGGCCCCCAGAGUUACCAUUGCUACUCGUUUCCAACGUUCUUUCAUGCAACUUCUUUCCGAUGCACAAUUCGAAGAACUAUCAGCUCGAGAUCUAAUGUUGACAUCUGCAUUGAAUACAGACUAUCUCCUCACCUUACCAAUAUAUGUUGAUUGGGAGAAAGCAUAUCGGUCUAAUGCCAUAAUAUUUAGGCGGGGUUAUGCAACUGAGAAGCAGAAUGGCCUAUUAAUUGUUGAAAAACUGGAUUACUUACAGUCCAAGCUUCUAGAAACAAUCUUCUCUCUUAUAUCAAAACCACUUGCAAAACUUGCCACCAGGAUCAACGAGCUUUAUGAAAAUUUCAGUCAGAAACAUGAAGUGCACAGUUGGACAGAAAGAUUUAGGCUUUGGCUAAAGGAACUGUCAGUAUUUAAAAAGUCACUGCUCCACAAUGACAAUGCUUUGGAUGAGCAAAUAGGUGUAAACCAAGUACCAAAUAAAGAACUCCCUAUUUGGCUGGCAGCUCAGAGGGCAGUAGCUCGAUAUGAAGGGAUUUUGUCACCUGUUGGUCCUCGUGAAAGGCUCUUGAGAAGAUUGCUUUCUUGGAUUGGACUCAUUCCCCUUAAAUCAGAAACAUCUUUUCAGGUUGAAAAUGAUGGUGAAUCUCCUGAACCUUAUCUAAGGCCUACUUUUUUAUCAAGGAUAUCACUCAGUGAUACAUGGAGACCUGCAACAAGGAAGUACUGCGGAAAUGAUCCUUGGAAAAUGUUAAAAACUUCCAUUUCCAUACUUUUCUCAAAAUCAGUCCUGCAGGAACCAGCCUUUGAGGAAUUAAUUCUAUUGUAUACUGAGGAAAAUAGUAAGUCAAACCAAUAUUGCAAACCUGUUUACAUUACAUAUUCAAUAUCAUUCAUAGCAGACCAAAGAGAAUGCAGCCACAAGCAAGGAAAAUAA